UGUAAUACUCGGAGAUGAUAAAACAUUAAAACCCUAGUCUCUAGGAAUACGACUCUCUCCGACCAUCAUCCGCCGGUGACAACUCACACUCUUUCCGGAGAUUGACGGUAGCGCUGUACAUACAGUUUAUUUGGAACGAGGUACAUAGAUAAACCUUUAGUGAGAUUGAGAAUGGGGGGCGGCGAAGGUAGAGAUGGAGAUUGGGAGUGCAAUGGCUGUGGGAACAGAAAUUAUGCGUUCAGAUCGUUCUGUAACCGGUGCAAACAGCCCCGACUCCUUGUCGACCCCAAAUCCCAUGCCGAUUCAAAAUGGCUCCCUCGUAUCGGCGAUUGGAUCUGUACUGGUUGCACUAACAACAAUUAUGCCUCUCGAGAAAAGUGCAAAAAAUGUGGAGAACCAAAGGAGGUAGCAGCUCUUCCAGCACACGCAAUGCCUUACUUCCCACAAGGAGUACAAGACCACAGAUUCAACAUAGGAUUGCUUGCCAAUGGAGGUCUACCUCUGAACCCUAACUGGCUUCUAGCAGGAGGAAAUGACAAAUUUAGCCUUCAAGCAGCUAUCACAUGGCCAACCCAUUUGGGUGCUACUGUUAAUGGUAUUGGUAAUUCCCAUAAUACCCCUAAUCCACUUCCAUAUAUCAACCAAGCCACCCAGGUUAUGGUCCAGAAAGGGUGGCGUAAUGGUGACUGGAUAUGUGCAUGUGGUUUUCACAAUUAUGCUUCUAGAGCUCAGUGUAAAAAAUGUAAUGCUUCAAUGCCACCAGCUUUGGGAACAAAAAGGUUAGCAUCUGAAGAACUUGUUCAAGAUUGGGAUAACAAAAGAUUGAAUGCUGGACAGAGAUUUGAAAUGCAACAUUCGUAUCCAAUACUUAGUCAGUUACCGAGUUCCUCAUAUUCAUCAUCUAGCCAGAUGGCGAAUUUUGUGACCAAUCAGGGAGAUGGUGUCUAUCCACUGCAACUUAGCUUGCAAACACCUCAAAUGGUGUCAAUGGCAACAACACUACCUGGGAAAGGGGCAAAGCAAUGGCGUGAUGGGGAUUGGAUGUGCACUAAUUGUCACAAUCACAAUUAUGCAUCUCGCUCCAAAUGCAAUAAGUGUAACACACAAAGAGAAGGACCUAGUCUCUCAGUUGGUGUUGCUUAGUCACCAUGGAAAAAAGGGUUAAAUGCAGGAAACAAGAAUGUACUUUUAUAUAUUUGUUUAUUACAACAUCCUACUUUUAUUUUCUCAUAUUAUAACAUUGUACUUUGAAAAAUCAAAUAAAAAUAUAAAAAUGAUGUAAUUGGGAAAAAAAUGAGAAGGGUUGUUAUAAAUGAACAAAUAAAUGAAAGUGCAUUGCUA